GGAUGCUGCUGCUACUGUCACUUCUGCCGCUGCCGCUGUUGUUAGAGAUUUUGCUUUUGCUCCUUCUACUGCAUGACAAUUGUUUUCCUCGUCUAAGCAGAUACCAGCCUCAGAUGCUCAAGGUGAGAGUCUUGCCUUUCGCUCUGGGCUACUGGUUUACUUAAUCCGGUUAGUUUGUUCAGUGUUCGUGGUUUUCCUUAUCUCAUCACCCUCCUUCCCCCUGUUUUGUUUUGUUGUGCUUGCUUUUGGGGGAAUGUUUCUUCCCCCUGCAGAAGAGCUGGAACUGCUUGAGAGGCGUUUAAGGAAUUAUAAAAGUGGCUAGCAAACAGGAGCUCAGUAAUUGCAAAGCUAUUCUCACUUCAGAGAAGCAGAGACAGUGACAGAGGGCUUGGGGGCACACAGGGACUGGGGGGAUCUAAUUUUUCCUGUGCAUUCCUCCUCUCCCAGUUUGGAUGAUGUUCUUGAGCUUCGACCUUUUAUUGACUCCCACUCUGUGACUUUUGCAGAGCACUGUGACUAUUACUACCGUCUCUUUUUGUCUGUGUCUCACAGUAAUGGACUGUGAUAGAGUUAAGGCCUUUUGGAGGUGAGCUGUUUGAGAGCUGAUGCUUAAACAUGUCUGAAGUAGCUGCCGACACUUUCCCCAGCCCCUCAGCACAGCUGAGCCCUGAUGUGUCCCUCAACGGGCUCCCGGAUGAGGAGAACAUGCCGGGGACCCAAAGAGAGGACAGGAGGGUCCAGGGGAUAGCAGGCCUUGCCGCAACCUGCUGUGCGUGCCUGGAGGCAGAGCGACUGAAGGGCUGCCUCAACUCUGAAAAGAUCUGCAUCGCCCCUAUCUUGGCUUGCCUGCUUAGCCUUUGCCUCUGCAUUGCUGGCCUCAAGUGGGUCUUUGUGGACAAGAUUUUUGAGUAUGACUCUCCUACCCACCUUGACCCUGGGAGGAUAGGACAAGACCCAAAGAGUGCUGUGGAUCCUACAGCUCUGUCUGCCUGGGUGCCUUCGGAGGUGUAUGCCUCACCCUUCCUCGUACCUAGCCCCAAGAGCAAGGCUGAAGUGACAGUGCACAGUGACAGCUCACUCGUACCCUCCAAACCGUUCCUCCAGCCUUCUCUAUAUAACCGCAUCCUAGAUGUUGGGUUGUUGUCCUCUGCCGCGCCUUCGCUGUCACCACCCGCCCUGGAGCCUACCACAGCGUCUCAGGCACAAGCAACAGAAACCAAUCUCCAAACUGCUCCAAAAUUUUCCACUUCCACAUCUACAACUGGGACAAGUCAUCUCACAAAAUGUGACAUAAAGCAGAAAGCCUUCUGUGUAAAUGGGGGAGAGUGUUACAUGGUUAAAGACCUCCCAAACCCCCCAAGAUACCUGUGCAGGUGCCCAAAUGAAUUUACUGGUGAUCGCUGCCAAAACUACGUAAUGGCCAGCUUCUACAAAGCUGAGGAACUGUACCAGAAACGGGUGCUGACCAUAACUGGCAUUUGCAUUGCUCUUCUAGUAGUUGGCAUCAUGUGUGUGGUGGCCUACUGCAAAACCAAGAAGCAGAGGAAAAAGUUGCACGACCGGCUUCGGCAGAGCCUGCGCUCGGAAAGGAACAACGUGAUGAACAUGGCCAAUGGGCCACACCACCCCAACCCACCGCCGGAUAACGUCCAGCUCGUGAAUCAGUACGUUUCGAAAAAUGUAAUCUCCAGUGAGCAUGUCAUCGAGCGAGAAACAGAGACCUCGUUUUCUACAAGCCAUUACACCUCAACAACACAUCACUCCGUGACAGUCACCCAGACACCUAGCCACAGCUGGAGUAAUGGCCACACCGAAAGCAUCCUCUCUGAAAGCCACUCAGUGCUCAUCAGCUCCUCCAUGGAGAACAGCAGGCAUGCCAGCCCAGCAGGGCCCCGCGGCCGUCUCAACGGCAUCGGCGGGCCACGGGAAGGCAACAGCUUCCUCCGGCAUGCGAGAGAGACCCCCGAUUCCUACCGAGACUCUCCUCACAGUGAAAGGUAUGUCUCAGCUAUGACCACACCAGCUCGCAUGUCACCCGUUGAUUUUCACACUCCAACUUCUCCCAAGUCCCGCCCCUCCACAAUGUCACCACCGGCUUCCAGCUUGACCGUCUCCAUCCCUUCAGUGGCGGUGAGUCCCUUCAUAGAAGAGGAGAGACCCCUGCUCCUGGUGACUCCUCUGCAGCUGCAUGAGAAGUAUGACCACCACCUUCAGCAAUUCAACUCCUUUCACCACAAUGCCACCCAUGAGUGCAACAGCCUGCCACCAAGUCCUCUGCGGAUCGUGGAGGAUGAGGAGUAUGAGACCACGCAGGAGUACGAACCAGCACAGGAGCCUCCAAAGAAACUCACCAACAGCCGGAGGGUCAAAAGAACAAAGCCCAAUAGCCACAUUUCCAGCAGGGUGGAAGUGGACUCUGACACAAGCUCUGAGAGCAGCAGCUCUGAGACCGAAACCGAAGAUGAAAGAAUAGGCGAGGAUACACCAUUCCUGAGCAUACCGAACCCCGGGGCAACCAGUCUGGAGCCAGCCACUGCCUUCCGACUGCCUGAAACCAGGACUAACCCGGCAAAUCGCUUCUCCACACCAGAAGAGUUGCAAGCAAGGUUGUCCAGUGUGAUAGCUAACCAAGACCCUAUUGCUGUAUAAAACAUAAAACACAUAGAUUCACAUGUAAAACUUUAUUUUAUAUAAUGAAGUAUUCCACCUUUAAAUUAAACGAUUUAUUUUAUUUUAGCAAUUCCGCUGAUAGAAAACAGGAGAGGAAAAAAGAAAAACUUUUAUAAAUUAAAUAUACGUAUGUACAAAUGUGUUAUGUGCCAUAUGUAGCAAUUUUUUACAGUAUUUCAAAAAUGGGGAAAGAUAUCAAUGGUGCCUUUAUGUUAUGUUAAGUUGAGAGCAAGUUUUGUACAGUUACAAUGAUGGCUGUCCCAUAGUAUUUUGCGAAACCUUUUAGCCCUCAGUUGUCCUAGCUUUUUUGUGCACUGCAUUAUAAUGACUGGAUGUAUGAUUUGCAAGAAUUGCAGAAGUCCCUCUGGUCGCUUGCUGUAGAGUCUCCAAAUCAGAAAGCCCUGUAAUGGCACUCCCACCCUACUCUGCCAGAAAAACACACAUAUACACACACACACAGAGUCAGAAAGAAAAGAAAAAAAAAAUUAAAAAAGAUUAAAAAAAGCUAAAAAAAAAG